AAAUUUUUUCUAUUUUUUUUUUUCUUGUUUUUCUUACGAAAUUUUUUGAAACUCGAGAAACUAGUUUAACGAUACAUCGCGAUGUAAGAGUUUUCAGACUGGUUCGCAGAUUUGUGUACAAAGCUUAACCAGAGGGUCGAGUAUUAAGUAACGAAUCUUUGAUGAAAACCAGAGAGCGAGAGCAACGUCUAAAUUAAAGUAAAUUGUUUGUAUCCGCCACAAAUUGCAUUAAUCGCAAUCGCUUGAAUCAAUCGUCAAAAAUGAGCUACGAAGAGUGGAGUGCAAAUGAAGAGAUUCAAUAUCUACGCGAUUAUCUGCGGAUACCGACAGUGCAUCCAGAUCCUGACUAUGCGCCCGCUGUGGAGUUUAUAAAACGUCAGGCCGAGGAGUUGCAGUUGCCCGUCUCUAUCUUCCAUCCCUUCGAUGGCAAAAAUCCCAUAGUGAUCAUCACCUGGGAGGGUGAUCAGCCGGAGCUGCCUUCGAUCUUCCUCAACUCACAUAUGGAUGUGGUCCCCGUUUUCCCAGAGAACUGGACGCGUGCCCCAUUUAGCGCCGAUAUGGAUGUGUGUGGCAACAUUUACGCUCGCGGUGCGCAGGAUAUGAAAUGUGUGGGCGCUUGGUAUAUGGCGGCUAUAAGGGCAUUGAAAUGCAACGGAUUGAGAUUCAAGCGCACCAUCCACAUCUGCUUUGUGCCAGAUGAGGAAAUGGGAGGUCGCCGUGGCAUGCGACCAUUUAUUGAUACCGAAGACUUUCGCAAACUGAAUGUGGGUUGUGGACUUGAUGAGGGCAUGGCUUCCACCGGCGAAGCAAUUCCAGUUUACUAUGGCGAACGCACAGUGUGGCGAAUGACUUUUAAGGCCUCGGGACAAGCUGGUCAUGGUUCGCUGUUGUUGGGUAACACAGCGGGCGAAAAGAUUCAAUAUAUAAUAAACAAAAUGAUGGCAUUACGUCAGUCACAAGUGGAUCGCUUGAGGAGCGACAAAAAUCUGAGAAUUGGCGAUGUAACGACGGUGAAUUUAACUCGACUUGGCGGCGGUGUGCAGAGCAAUGUAAUACCACCAAUGUUAACAGCUGGCUUCGAUACAAGGCUCGCAAUCGAUGUUGAUUUGGAAAAGCAAGAGGAUCAAUUUCAAAAGUGGUGCGCAGAGGCUGGCGGCGGUAUUGAAAUAGAAUUUGAUCAGAAACAUCCAUUUGUGAAACCCUCGAGCAUUUGUUGUUCUACUAAUCCCUUCUGGGCAGCUUUCAAGAAGGCCACAACGGACUUAGGUCUAACAAUUGAACCGCAGAUUUUCAAUGGCGGCACAGACAGUCGCUAUUUGCGUAGAGUGGGAAUUCCGGCCUAUGGAUUCUCUCCAUUGCAUCAUCAUCCCGUCUUGUUGCACGAUCACAAUGAGUUCAUUAAUGCAAAUGUUUACCUGAAAGGAAUCGAAAUUUAUAAACGUGUUAUUAGCGAUUUGGCUAAUGUAGACGGUUGAGUUUAAGUUUGAGAACAUACAGAAAUGAAUAAAUGAAAUGAGUAAGAAAUAUA